CAUGGCCGCAGCUCCACCACUGAUGGAUGUGGAACAGGAAGCCACAUGCUCCAUCUGCCUGCAGUGGCUGGCAGACCCAGUGACCUUGGACUGUGGCCACAACUUCUGUCAGGCCUGCAUCACCUACUACUCUAAAAUAUGGGGAGAACUGGGAGAUUUGGAGUGCCCUGUUUGUAAAGCCAAAAUCAAGAAGGGGAAUUUCCGGCCAAACUGGCAGCUGGCAAACAUAGUCAAAAAAAUUAAGAGUCUGUCACUAAGUCCUGGAAAAGAGGCCCUCUGCAUAAGGCACAAGGAAAAACUAACCCGAUUUUGCAAAGAGGAUGAAAAAUUGCUCUGUUCAGUUUGUGAGAAAUGCUUAGAGCAUAAAACACAUACUAUGCUUCCUUUAGCAGAGGCUGCUCAAGAAUACAAGAAACAGAUCUUUAGCUUCCUGGAGACUCUGAGGAAAGAGAGAGAAGAGAUGCCAGCAGACCCACGGAAACAAAGCCAAGAGCUCCUUGAACGGACAACAGCAGGGAGGGUGAAGAUGGUGGCUGCGUUCCAGCAACUACACCAGUUUCUGGAAGACCAGGAGAAACCUCUGCUGGCCCAGAUGAAGGAGGUGGAAGAGGAGAUUGAAAGGGGAAAAAAGGAAGUCUCCUCUUUUGAUACUGUUAUCCAGGAGAUGGAGGAGAAGUGUCGGCAGCCAGCAACUGAACUCCUGAAGGAUAUUAAGAGUGCCAUGCAGAGGUACAAGGAGAAAGUGAAAUCUGAGAAACCUGUACCUUUUCCUUGGAAGCUGAAGUUGAGGAUCUUGGACUUCCGGGAUUUAAACCUCUUUCUGGAGGAUGUCAUGGAGCACUUCAGAGACUCUCUGGUAUCUGGACUUCAGCUGCGAAAGUAAAUGUAACUUUGGAUCCAGGCACAGCCCAUCCCAGGCUCAUCCUGAGGAUCAUUAAAGUGUGAGAAGUGAAGAUCACCAUCAAGAUCUGCCCGAUAAUGCUGAGAGAUUUGACAGACAUCCCUAUGUGCUUGGGCAUGCGGGGUUCACAGCAGACUUGUGGGGGUUGCCAGAAAGUCUGUGAAGAGGAGGGUAUGUUCAUUUCUGGUCCUGAGGAAGGGAUCUGGGAGAUGGAGAGGUGGGGAGAUACAGAGUCUCCAUGCCCCCUGUUAACCCUCAUCUGUCCCUGAGUGAGGAGCCCAAGAAGAUCAGAGUGACUCUGAACUGUGAAGGGGGCCGGGGGGGCCUUUUACGAUGCUGACACAGCAGCCCUGCUCUACACAUUCCCAGCAGCCUCAUUCUCAGAAGAGACUCUUCAACCCUUGUUUUAUGUGUACACUAAAACCCACCUGACACUCCUUGCCUAAGGGUGAAGCCAAAUUGCAUAAAUUCACGGCUGUUGUGACAUAUGUAGAAAGCUGUAAGGCAGAUUUGACUUAAUCAGAUGGGGCCACGGUUGAGCAGUCUUCUUACAGGCUUUUCCAGGCGGCUCAUUAUGUACUGCUUCUUUGUAAAACUCUUGGAGUGUUGAACCUGUCUGAUUCCUCCGGUGACCAACAGCUAAAAAGUGGCUAGCAUCUAAAACCAGAGAAGAGAAAAAGAAGAGGGGAACCCCAAUAUGUUAGAAAAAUAUUUUAUUUAUAAUCCAAGCCCAAUGCGUUUCAGCCUGUGUGUAUUUAGGCCUUUGUCAGGGGCUGUAAAUAAAAUAGCAGGGACAUAUUAUUUUGAUAAACGUAUAAAAUGAAAUCAUACAUGGCUUACAGGAUCUCUGGAGUGGAUUAAUUUUUAUGCUGCUAUUAACUGGAAGGGUUUUUUUUAGAUUAUUCAUUG